CUGCUCCCGUACCAGGUCGAGGCCGUCGGGUUCGCGAUGGAACGCGGCGGCCGCGUCUUCUUAAACGAUGAGAUGGGCCUGGGCAAGACCGCGCAGGCCUUGACGCUCAUGCGCCAGUACCCCAACGACUGGCCGGUCUUGGUCGUCGCGCCCAAGGCCGUGCUCACGCAGUGGGAGCAGGAGGUCCACCGCUGGAUCGCGUCCAACGUCCAAACGAUACUCACGUCGUGGAACUACGACAGCCAGAUCUGCAUCUGCACCUACGACAUCUUCCGGGCGAACCGGACGCUGCAGGCGCCGCCCGGGGGUGCGCAGUGGCGCUGCGUGAUCCUCGACGAGAGCCACAAGUGCAAGGACCCGAGCACCAAGCGCGCGAAGGAGAUCAUGCCCGUGGUCAUGCGCGCGGAUCACGUCGCGCUGCUGACCGGGACGCCGGCGCCCGCCGGCGCGAACGACCUCUGGAGCCAGCUCAAGAUGGUGCUGCCCAAAGCCGCGCAGGAUCACAUGCCGUUCCACAACCAAUGGCAGCAGCGCUACUGCGUGUGCAAGGAAAUCUACACGGGCUUGCGCACGAUCGAGAAUUGGACGGGAUUCAAUCCCGGGACCCAGACCGAGGUCAACGGCCUGUUGAAGACGAUGCAGAUGCGGCGGCUUAAGACGGAGGUCCUGACGCAGCUCCCCGAGAAGCAGCGGCACGUGCUCUACCUCGAGGCGUCGCCGGGCGCCGCGAACAAGGCGAGCGGCCUCAAGGCGAAGUUCGAGGCCCUGCGGAACAAGGACGAGAUCCUCGCCGCGGACCAGGAGCCGCCGUGCGUCGAGUGGGUCAAGGAGCACUUCUUCGAGGACGACAACGACACGCAGAAGAUCAUCGUCUUCGCGCACCACCGCGAGGUGCUCGACAGGCUCGAGGCCGGCUUCCAGAAGAUCAAGGGGGCGACGACGAUCCGCGUCGACGGCUCGGUGCCCGGCGCGCAGCGCGAGGAGCGCAUUAAGCGGUUCAAGACGGACGCGACGUGCCGCGUGGCCCUGCUGUCCAUGGGCACGUGCUCCAACGGCCUGAACAUGACCGAGGCGUCGACGAUCCUCUUCGCGGAGAUGACCUGGUCGCCGACGGACCACAUGCAGGCCGAGGACCGCAUCCACCGCGUCUCGCAGACGAACGCGUGCAACAUCUACUACGCGAUGCUCCCGAAUUCCCUGGGCUCGUUCAUGUUCCGGCGGCUCCAGGCGAAG